AGUAUGUUGCUCGACGAAACCCUACAAGACUUCACCGGUGCGUGCCAGUCUGACUAAGAGAGUUGCACGAAGGGUUUGAACCCUCUGUCGGUUGGUAUGGCUCAUCAAGAACGGAGAUGUGAUUGGGCGCAAAAAUUGUGCUAUGGGAUGGGUCACGUUUAUAAUGAUCUUUGCGCUGCGAUGUGGUUUUCUUAUACUUUGUUUUAUCUGCAAAUUGUUUUACAAAUGGAAGCUAAAACCGCCGGUACUCUCAUAAUGACAGGCCAAAUCGUAGACUCGCUGGCUACACCUAUAGUCGGCUGGGCGGUGGACCGAACUGGGGCCCGGAGGGCGUGGCAUUUAGCAGGAACGUUAGCGGCGUCUGUUGGAUUUUCUUUGAUUUAUUGUUUAAAACCGACCACUCUGAGCACAUCGGUCCUCAUUGGCUAUGGUUUUGUUAUUGGUUUAUUCCAAAUAGGAUGGGCUGUAACCCAAAUUUCGCAUUUAUCUAUUAUUCCGGAAAUAGCAACCACACACAAAUACACUUCUGAUUUGACAGCAAUUAGAUACACUGCAACGGUCUGCUGCAGCAUUGCCGUUUAUUUAAUAACGCUAUUCGUACUUAAAAACGGUAAUGACGUUAACGAUAUAGGACCUGGAGACUUUUACAAGUUCAAGGAAAUAGCGCUGAUAAUCACGCUCAUGGGGCUGUUCUCCUCGUUGUUAUUUUAUUGCGGGACUUUCAGUAAAGAGGAGCGGAAUAAAGAAUACGAGUCAAUUCCGGCAAGUGAAUCAGAAGAUUCCAGCGGUUUGGUCGCAAAUGAAGAUGUCACGCAUUUUCUGAAAUCAUCAAUUAUAUACAAGGUUUCGCUAAUGUAUAUGGCUUCAAGGUUGUUCACGACGUUAACACUUAUUUAUAUUCCAUUGUAUCUGGAUGAAAAAGGAGCGGGUUCCGAAGACACGGGGGAUGGGAUUAGGAGAACAAUAGCGAGUGUUCCACUUGUCUGUUUCGUGGCUUCUUUUUUAACAUCCAUAAUACUAAAAUUUAGAAUUAGGCGGUGUGGCGAUAAAGUGGUUUAUCUGUCUGGGAUAAUUCUGGCCCUAAUUGGAAGCGUUUGGAUAAAAAUGGGGUUUUUGUUUCGGUCGGGUAGUCAAUUAUAUGUAAUUGCCUCGCUAAUAGGUGUAAGUGGUUCUGCAACUAUGGUUUCCAGUUUAUGUUUAACAGCAGAAUUUGUUAAAGUCAACGGUUAUGGUGGGGCUUCUGUCUACAGCACGGUAACAUUUACCGAUAAAUUAAUAACAGGCGGCGUCGUACUCCUCGUUCAAAACCUGCAAUGUACGCCCAAAGACCUGUGCCCACACUUCUACGAAGACGUGCUCUCAUACGUUUGCGCUAUUGUAACUCUAAUAGGAUUAGCCUCAUUAGCGACACUCCACUGCCGAUCAAAUUAA